UUGCAAACUGCCAAAGAAAGAAUUAGAUAGAAAUACCAAAAGAAACGCCAAAGCUGUUAACUUUUGCUUUUUGCACAUUAUAUUCCCUUAAUCUCUCUUCCUUUCUUUCUUUCUUUCUCAUUCGUCUCCAUCAAGCAAUCCCCCGCAGAGGAGGCGACGAUCGUACGCGACGAACCCAGGUGGAUAUUAGAGUGGGGUCCAAAAGGAUGCGGAAGUGGAUCUGUUGUACAUGUCAGAUUCAAGACUCCAAUGAAGAGGAACACUUGAAAUCUUCUCACCAGCAAUCCGAUGAUGCAGCGAAUCAUAAGAAUCCAAAACCAGCAGCUGUUGUGAAGCACGAGGAAGCUCUUCCCGUCCAGGUUCCUCCCUUGUCUCUGGAUGAGGUCAAGGAAAUGACUGACAAUUUCGGAUCAAAGGCUCUGAUUGGCGAAGGAUCUUACGGAAGAGUCUAUUAUGCCACGCUGAACGAUGGUGUACCGGUUGCUCUCAAGAAACUUGAUGUCGCACCUGAAUCUGAAUCAGAUCCCGAGUUCCUCAGUCAGGUUUCCAUGGUGUCUAGACUGAAGCAUGAGAAUCUCGUUCAACUGCUUGGUUUCUGUGUUGAUGGAAACCUCCGAGUCCUUGCAUAUGAGUUCGCAACAAUGGGAUCCUUGCAUGACAUCUUACAUGGUAGGAAAGGAGUUCAAGGGGCACAGCCAGGUCCAACGCUUGACUGGACAACAAGGGUGAAAAUAGCUGUGGAGGCAGCUAGGGGUUUGGAAUACCUUCAUGAGAAGUCACAGCCUCCUGUAAUCCACAGAGACAUAAGAUCCAGUAACAUUCUUCUUUUCGAAGACUACAAAGCAAAGAUUGCUGAUUUCAAUCUCUCGAACCAAGCUCCUGAUAACGCUGCUCGUCUUCACUCGACAAGAGUCUUGGGAACUUUUGGUUAUCAUGCUCCAGAAUAUGCAAUGACUGGACAGUUGACUCAGAAGAGUGAUGUGUACAGUUUCGGGGUUGUUCUUCUAGAACUUCUGACAGGGAGGAAACCUGUGGACCACACCAUGCCUCGUGGUCAACAAAGUCUUGUAACUUGGGCGACACCAAGACUCAGUGAAGAUCAAGUCAAACAAUGCAUUGAUCCAAAGCUAAAAGCUGAUUACCCUCCGAAAGCAGUUGCUAAGCUAGCAGCAGUGGCAGCAUUGUGUGUGCAAUAUGAAUCUGAGUUUAGACCAAAUAUGAGCAUAGUUGUGAAAGCUCUGCAGCCGCUCCUCAAACUUGCAGCUCCAGCUCCUCCCUCUCCAGCACCAGCACCAGAAUCUUGAAACUUUUUCUUUCAUUUGAAACUUUACUAUAAAAGAUGAUAUUAUGUUUCAUUUGUUGGAUGAUUGAUUUUGCACACAGUUUUGUUGUGCUAGAAGAGGAGAGAUCAUGUCAAAGUUUAUAAGAGUUUCCAUUUUGGUGACUGAGACAGAUAACAAAGACUUUUGACUAUUAAUUAAUAAUAUCAUUAUUGCAAAUGA